CACCCACCGAUAUCCGAAGGCCGGGGCGGCGACGACAUGGCCGACGUUGCCGUUGAUCUGUGCGAGGAAAGCGAAGACGAUGACAACAUGGAGAACUUCGACUUACCAGUAGACGUAGCUGAGGAGAAAAUCGGCGGCGAAGAUGAAGAGAAGCGAGAGGUGCCUCUAGACGACUCUGACGAAGAGUAUGGCAUGAAACUCAUCGCAUGGAAGGAAUGUUGCUGCAUUUGCAUAGAAAAUAUCGAGUCGGUGGACACGCAAGGGUUUCUCCUUAAAUGUGUGCACUCGUUCCACUUCGAUUGCAUUGCCCAAUGGGCCAAAGUCACCAACUUGUGUCCGAUGUGCAAAACACGGUUUCGAGAAAUCGUCCGACGCGAUGGGUCCGGCGCACAUGUGGCGACUAUCAAGGUGAAGGAUGCGAAGCAGUCGCAUGCAAACCAUCCAAGCCAAGACAUCCAAGCAAAUGGUAACCUCUUCAACGAGUACGCGUGUACGUUGUGUGGCAACGGCGACAACGAAGACGUCCUCUUGAUUUGCGACGUCGAUGGAUGCGAACAUGCAGCCCACACGUACUGCGUCCCACUUCCGGCCGUGCCCGCGGGGUACUGGCAUUGCUCCGACCACGUCCAUGUAACCCCAAGUCGCCGACGAAGGACGGGGCUAGCCACGACACUGGCGACCCUCCGCAGCUCGUCCUCUCGGAGGCGAAGUGCACCUUUGCCCACGCGCCGCAUCAGUCAACUCGAAGCUCGAUUGGGCAUACGUCGUGGCCAGCGCGUUGCACUUCCAUUUGAAAACGAAGUGUUGCGUUACACUGGUGGCGCGUCAGUCACCCAAACGACUCCAUCAUCCCGACGGCGUCGACCUCCACAAGUUGCUUCCGCGGCCGUGACAGAUAUGCGACGCAUGCAAGGUGAAGCUGCCCGAAUUCUGCAGAUCGUCAGCCACUCCAACCACGAAUUGCUCUCCCGGCCCGCUGCAAGACGAGCCCGUGGCGCAAACGCAAAUGCAACACAAUGCGUGGGUCGCCACGACGCCAGUGAUGAAGAAAAUGUGCGAGAAGCCUUCCUGGAGCGUCGAAAGCGACGAAUCGAAGAUAUCCAGGCCAUUCUACAGAGAUCUACAGGGGCGCCUGUGACGUCGAGGCAACGGCUAAAUUCCUUGUCAUUCCAAGAUGAGUACAAUGGCCUACGUGACAAGAUGGCUCAUGCACAUGUGCUGGACACAUCGACGCCAGUGCCGACGGCCGCCAAGCUUCGCCUCGUCCCAGUCGUCAAGAGAUUUUUUGACCCACUCACGCCAUCUCAACAGAACCAAGUGCUGGACUGGGGUGUUCUGAGUGCACUCAAGCGAUGGGUGGAGCCCAUCGGUCGUGACCAAAAGCUUCAGCAUCCGCAAGUUAUCAACGCCAUACUAAAAGUACUGGGCGCGCUGCCAAUCACGUACGACCGAUUGAACGAGAGCGAAGGAUUAAUUCCUGUCCUCACUGCCUUGGCCGCAUCGGACCAGCUGGACAUGAUGAACAAGAACGCCGCGACGUCGUUGCUGUCAAGGUGGCGCGCUUUGACCGGACCACCAACUGCUGCCGCUCCCGCGCCUACAGGCGAGAGGGAAGAGUCGAAGCCACGUCCGCCACAGUUACGAGCCAUGGCCGAAGCGGCGCAGUUGACUCGUGAACUGCCCACCGCUGGACGAUUAGCUGCUGCGACGCAAGUGACAUCCGUAGCUUCCCUGCGAUCCGAACCCACUCUGUCCGGCACGGUCGCGCGACGACCUUCUCUGGACCCUCUUCCAACGAAACCGCGCGUGGUCGAGCAUAUCAAGAGUCAGCUCUACCCAGCUUACCGCCGCGGAUUGAUUACAAAGGACCGGUUCAAGUGGGUUGCGCAGCACGUGUGCCAAACCUUCAUGUACGAAGCAUCGCACAUGUCGUCGGCGGUGCUAGCUCGCGACGGGUCGCUAUCUGCAUUGGCCAAGAAACGCUUGAACGACCUGAUCGACGUUGCCACGACGACGUAGAGAUUCCUUCCCCUCGUUGAAAUACAGAUCGUACAAUCAUCGACCCAUCGUG